CAUUCUAAUUCAUGAAUCUAUAUUAACUCUAUAUACAGAGAUUCUAUAUACAGAGAGAGGCGCCUUCUGUAAGCUCUGUUGCUCUAGAGAACCCUGAUGAGGACAGAUGGUCAGUUCCCCCUACCCCACUCUGGCCUUACAAGCGAGCUAGUCUGAGCUUCGCCUCAGACCCCUGCACAAGGUUUCCUCUGCUCACUCUGCUGCCUGCUUGAGAUAUGGAUGUGUGGCCCCACCUGGGCAUCCGACAGGCCUGGCAGGGUGUUGUGACUGUCCUAUAAAACUCCACAUCCUGCAACCUGACAGCUACAGCAGAGAUGUGCCCCAAGAGCAGGAUCAAUAGACAUCUUCCCAACAUGUAAAUUCUUUGGCCACUGGGUGAGCUUUAAAGUGCAUCUUUGUAUUUAUAUGAUUUUCUUUUUUUUACUGAUGAGAUGACUCCACCCCUGUCCCCUAAAGUCCCAAGUCCCUGUUAGCAGCAUUGAACAGGAGUCUGGGCCUCAGGAGCUGACUUUGGUUUCCCUUUGGGGAGGGGACUUCAGAACACAUGCCAUGUCUCAGACUCUGACCUGUUCUUCCGUUUCUUAAAAGAUUCUCUUCCUAUCAUCUUUUGACUUCAUGUGAGUAUGGGAAAGCUUGAGCGAGGGGGUGGGGGUCGGGGGACACGGCUGCUAUCCUGGCACUUGGGUGGUGCAGGCCUAAGAUUAGGAGUUCAAGAUUCUCUCAACCUACACAGUGCGUGUGAGGCCAGACGAGGCUACAUGGACACUUGGAGAGCUUUGGCAAGAAAAGGGAGUUAUGGGUUAGAAGGGUGGAGAGUGGUUCUGAGACUGAGUCACCACUGUCUUCAGCUCUCACCAUAGCAACACGUACAUUCAUUCUCCGUUUAGUCAGGUCCCAGGAGGAGGGGCUGGCGCCUUUUCCCUAUACUGCUAACCGCAGUUUCUUUCCUUCUUCCUUAGCUCCCAAGGCAAUCUCAGUGCAGUUUCUGUUUCUGUUUUUAUGAGGUCCACCCCUCUGCAAAAUCACCUGAUCACUGGUGAGAACAAGGAGUGAACACUCUCACACACGGCCUGUGUUUAGAUGUGAACGUCCUUUAACCCAGUUAUCUACUUAUACAAAUAGCAUAAGGUUAAUCUCAAAUGCAGGCACUGACAGGAAUGAGGACAUUCUCUGCAUUAGUAUUUACAUAUGAUAAGGUCCAGGAGUCAUGGAGACAAGCAGGAGUCCAGGGCAGCCCACGGCCCGGCAGGGACCAGGCAGGACUCCAGGGUCUGAUGGGACAAGGAUAUCACAGAAGCAAGGAGGGUGUGGUCCCUGGGAAGCCACAGGUGACCCCAGUGAAUUUGCUAAGCUGAGAACCUGGUACUUGGCACAAGGCAGCGCUGUGGAUACAGAAGAGCCGUUUAUAGCACACACACUACACCACACACGUGUGAUACAAACAGGAGGGAAUGUGCUGUAUUUUUAGACAGUGGAGCUUGCUCAUCUGAAAGUGGGACAUGGAUUAGAAAGUCCCAGGUUCAAGGCCUCACUCUGUCAACACGGAAUAGUCACUCACGUCAGCUAAAUGUAAGGACUUCAUUACCUGAGAGUAAGGAGCCCAGAGCAUCACUGAGGCCCCAUUACAUGGCAAUUCUCCUGGUCUCAAUCCUCCAGGCCAGUGAACUAGCCCAAGGGAGGCUUCAUAAUAAGACAAAGCCCAGGGAAACAGAAAACUCCUGGUCACCUGGUGAGCUGUAAGGAACAGCUAGCUGUCAAGUCCUCUGCCUGACACCUAGACCUGGCAGCUGCCAUGGACACCCCAGACAGAGAAUGCUUUGUUGAGAGUGUGGUUAACUACCUCCUGGACACAUGGAGCACAGAGGACCUGCGGCUCCUGCUGACAGAAGAAGAAACCUGGAAACACUUUGUGGCAGAAGUUGAUUUGUCCAGGGAAGAGGAAGCUGCCUUGCAGGAAUCUCUUGCUGAGAUCUUUGCAGAUCCUGAUGGAGAAGAUGAAGAUGAGCUCCAAAAUGACCUUCAGGACAAGAACGAGAGGAAAGAGGAAGAUUCCUUGAGUGAAGAUCUUGGUGAGAGUGUAGCUGAUACUGAUGUAGAAGAUGAAGAUGGUGAUGCAGAAGAUGAAGAUAGUGAUACAGAAGAUGAAGAUAGAGAUAUAGAAGAUGAAAAUAGUAAUAGAGAAGAUGAAGAUAGUGAUACAGAAGAUGAAGAUAGUGAUACAGAAGGUGAAGAUAGUAAUACGGAAGAUGAAGAGGAGAUCCAAAAUGAUCUGUGGCACAAGGAAAGGUUCUUGGAUGCUUAUCCUCAGGUGAAACUGGAGCUUGAGGAGAUCAUCAGGAAGCUCCACGCCCUGGCAGACAAGGUUGACAAGGUGCACAGGGACUGCACCAUCUCACGGGUGGUGGCCAGCUCCAGCAGUGCUGUGUCUGGAGUCCUGAUCAUCCUUGGUCUGUCUCUGGCACCUGUGACAGCAGGAGUCAGUCUGGCAUUGUCAGCCACUGGCUUGGGGCUGGGGGCAGCAGCGGCUGUGACUAGUGUUUCCACAAGCAUUGUGGAAAAGGUAAGUGUGGUGUCUGCUGAAGAUGAAGCCAGCAAGCUGGUGCCAACCAACAAAGACACAAUGAAGGGCAUGAAAGAAGUUUUGGAUCAGAGUGGUCCCAGACUUCUUUCUUUAUCUACAGACACCAUUCAGAGAUUGCAAGGCAUUCAGAAAUGCAUUAAUGCCAUUCCGCUGGCCAAAGCCAACACUCGCCUAGCAAAUAAUGCCAAGCGUCUCAUGACCACAGGGAAGAUAUCUGCCCGAAACACUAAACAGGUGCAGAAAGCCUUUGGAGGUACCGCUCUGGCAAUGACCAAAGGAGCCCGAAUCAUGGGUGCAGCCACUGCAGGUUUCUUCCUUCUGCAGGAUGUGAUCAGCCUUGUGGAAGACUCGAAGCAUUUGCAUGAAGGUGCUAAGUCACAGACUGCUGCAGAGCUGAGGAAGCAAGCUCAGGACCUGGAGCAGAAGUUACAGGAGCUCAAAGAGGUUCAUGACAGCCUGACUAAGUGACCUCUUCAUCUUCUGUGCAGCUCAGAUGACUGGGGAGGGAGUGUGCUGGACAGAGCCAUGAACACAUGGGAGCCCCUGACUGUACCCCUCACAGCAGUGCCUGCUAAAGGGAGAGGGCACAUUAAAAUACAGGAAGCCAGAACAGAGAUGGGACAAUCUCAUGACCACUUACCAGACUCCAGCUCUUAGAUCCAUCAACUUCCCAAUUAACAGCCAAGCUCCCAAGCUGGGGAGCGCAUCCAAGUCCUGACUAAGCCACAUGGCUGCUCCUAAGCUUUGCCCACUGCACUGCUCCCAGCUGAGGCUCACCAACCUCACCAUCCACUGAGCUGUCAAUCUUCCCACUGCUUUGUGAUUGGUGGCACAGAGACCUUCUCUUUUCUUCUUCUGCCUCAUUGUGUGUUUUUCCAAAUAUUUCUCAAUCUUACAAUCAGAUUCUGGUUGUGAACGUCAUUUCCUGUUCUUGGUUUUGGGUCACAUGGGUGCUGUUGGUGAAAAGCUCAAGACUAGAAAGAGGGGAUGCUGGGAAUACCACCUGUCCAAUCAUCACAAGUUCUUGGCCUUCCAUGCCACUGUGGAUGUUAAGGAAAGGAGAGGUGACAUUGUACGACUGGUGAGUUCUUCUCUCUGCUACCAGACUCCAGGGAACCAUCAAUAGGCACAAUUUUUAAUGCCUAUUGAUGUUUAAAAUCUGCCGUAAUUGGAUGAGAUCUGCCAAGAUGAACAAGAAGGGCUACACUUGGUCCAUAAUUUUCGUAGAAUAAAUUUGUGAAAAUUGACCUAGA